AUGACCACCAACAUCCCCCUCCUAAUCAACGGCCAAGAAGAACACACCGCAUCGACCUUCUCCGUAAUCAGUCCCUACACCAACGAACAAUGCUGGACCUCCUCCUCCGCCACCCCGCAAGACGCCAUUCGCGCCGUUGAAGCAGCCGACGCAGCCUUCCCUGCCUGGUCCCAAACCAAACCCACCACCAGACGUGAUCUCCUCCUCAAAGCAGCCGAUCUCCUAGAGCAGCGCCUCGAGCAGAAUGCCGAGUACAUGCGCACCGAGAUGGGCGCCGACGUCGGUGCCUCACAGGGUUUCGUCGUACCGCUAGCCAUCCGCAUGUUGCGCGAUGUCGCGGGCCGCAUCACCUCCAUCUGCGGAAGUGUUCCAGUCGUCGAGGCAGAGGGCCAAAGAGCGAUGGUCUUGAAGGAGGCCAUGGGUGUGAUUCUAGGAAUUGUCCCUUGGAACGCACCCUACGUCUUCGGCAUCCGCUCCGCAGCCUGCGCCCUCGCAGCAGGAAACACAACUAUCCUCAAAUCAUCCGAGUUAACACCACGCUGCUACUGGGCCAUUGGCCGCGCCUUCGAAGACGCAGGUCUUCCCGCUGGAUGUCUGAAUAUCAUCCACUGCCGCCCAACCGACGCAGCCGACGUCGUGAACGCGAUGAUCGAGCACCCCGCCGUCCGCAAAAUCAACUUCACCGGCAGCACGGCGGUCGGUCGCAAGAUCGCGCGAUCCUGCGGCCAGAACCUCAAGCCCUGUCUCAUGGAGCUAGGCGGGAAGAAUAGCUCGAUUGUGUGCCAGGACGCGGAUCUGGAUACCGCAGUCCAGGGUGUUUUGGCCGGUGCUUUUUUGAAUUCCGGCCAAAUCUGCAUGGCAACAGACAGAAUCCUAAUCCACACCUCAAUCGCCGAACCCUUCACAACCGCCCUCCAGAAAGCCCUAGCAACCACAUCCCCAGACCCAACAACCCUCCCACCCACCCUCGUAAACACAGCCUCAAAAGCCCGCAUCCAGACCCUCCUCACCAACGCACUCGCUUCCGGCGCGCACUUCAUCUCGGGCUCCACCCCCGCAGACGUAGACGCGACCCUACCCAGCGGCUGCGGGGUGCGCAUGGCGCCGGCCAUCCUGGGCGGAGUGAGCGAGGACAUGCCCGUGUGGCAGGAGGAAGCAUUUGCGUCUGUCGCGGCGUGCAUGACGUUUGACAGUGAGGAGGAGGCGAUUCGAUUGGCGAAUGGGAGUGGGUAUGGGCUUUCGGCGUCGGUGUUUACGGAGGAUCUUAGGAGGGGGUUUGCGCUUGCGAGGAGGAUUCAAUCUGGGGCGGUCCACAUUAACAGUAUGAGUAUUCAUGAUGAGCCGGUCCUGCCGCAUGGUGGGGUGAAGAAUAGUGGUUGGGGACGGUUCAAUGCGGAGGAGGGUUUGAAUGAGUUUUUGUCGACGAAGAGUGUGACGUGGAUGGAUUAG